UAAUUGAUGAAGGACCUCGCCCCAAAUAAGGGCUUUAAUUACAUAGUAGCUUACCUACGUACCGGUAUGUAACUCAUUCAAGUCCGCAGCAGCGAAGAGGAGUACGUACCCUUCGAGGCUUGAAGUCGACAGGGGAACAUCAAUCGUGGAAGCUUACCUAGGAUUGCCACGCACGCUGACUCCGGCUCCGUCGAUAUGGAUGGAUUGUGGAUUCCGGAGCCCCCCCAGUGUGCCACAAUCCUUCAGAUGUCCAACAAGAUGUUCGCUCGCUGCGUAUGCCGAGGAGAAACCGAGAAACGUGUCGACUCGUGACGAGCCUCAUCAAAGAAAGUGGUGGACUCGUUCUCGUUGAUGGGUAUGGAUGGGGUGAUGAUGAUGAUGAUGAUCAUGUGGGAUUGUGGGAUGAAAUCACGGCAUGGCUUUGGCGACUCCGGAGCUCGCUCGCUCUUAUUCUCCUUUUCACUUUCCGUCGCAUCCAUCUCCCUCACCGUUUUCUUCCAGCCCGCCAACAAACACAUCGUGCUUCGACAUGUCACGACAAACUACUUGCACCACCCCAUGCACAAAGAUGUACUACUACUACUACUAACACUACGUGGGCAGUUCUGAGCAGCCCGACUGAGGUGGCCAGACUCACGCCGUCCGUCCUAGCGCGAACCCCCCCGUGGGCCUGCUUCUCCCUCUUAUCUAAACUAAUGCGCUUUUUGUUUCGUUUGUUGUUAGCUAGCUGCCUUCUCACACGCAGUAGUCGGCUUCACCCAGUCCUUCGUCAAGCCCGGCCGUUUAAUCUUGCGGAAUGGGCGAGCAGUCCGGCUUUUUUGCUGUGCUUCUUCGUUUGGGCCCGACGGUCUUGGCCCGGAACUUUAUGUAAUGCCUUAAACCAUAUUAUGACAAGUACAUUAUAUGGGUGACAACGGCAGUAGCCUAUGCACUACUGAAAAGCCUCCCUAAUCCACAUGCCACUACCGCU